ACUUUGUAUUCUGAGUAAUGGAUAUUAACGGAAAGCUGUUUCUUCUGCCUAAUAUCUCUCUCUAUUCCUUGUUCUCCACUACUAUUUAGUUCAGUGAAUUAAUCUUUUUUUGAGAUUAAGUGGCGUUCAUCCUAUUAAUAAUUUCUUCAGUUUGGGAUGUUGAAUUAUAAUUUUCACAAGAAUUUGGAGGAAGUGCAGCAGAAGCAUGAUUCUGGAGCGGCGUUACACAGAUGGGGAAAUAAUAUCAGGGAAAUUGUCAUAAAGGAGCCUAAACGAAGGGUUCGUUUCGCUACUAACCUCCCCAAGCUCAACGAUGAUGCUGCUGCCAUGCCCCGGACGAAACAGCAACUAAUUGACCUCAAAAUACCCUUCCAUGUCAUAAAAGAUUGUACCCAAGACUUUAGUGAAAGAAACUUCAUUAGGAAGGGUGGUUAUGGAAAGGUAUAUAUUGGGAUCCUCACAUGGGCAAGUCAUGUAAAUCAAUUGGUUGCUGUAAAGAGGCUAGAUGUGACCGGAUUUCAGGGUAACAAGGAGUUCCGUACAGAGGUUACAAUGCUUUCAGAGUAUCAACACAAAAAUAUUAUAACACUUCUAGGGUUUUGUGAUGAUAACAAUGAAAUGAUCCUUGUUUAUGAAUAUGCAUUCAAUGGAAGCCUUGACAAAUAUUUAAGUGAUAGUACCAUGUCAUAUACACUGCCAUGGAACCUAAUUCUUAAAAUAUGUGUUGGUGUUGCUUCUGCAUUAGACUAUCUUCAUAACCAAGUGGCCGAAAAACAUAGAAUAAUCCAUCGUGAUGUGAAAAGUGCGAAUAUUUUGUUGGAUGCAAAUUGGAAUGCAAAACUUUCCGAUUUUGGAUUAGCUAGAAUAGGUUUAGCAAAUCAACAAAAUACCUUUGUGAUCACUAACCCUGCCGGCACAUAUGGUUAUAUUGACCCACAAUAUGAAAGAACAGGGUUUUUAACAAAAGAGUCGGACAUUUAUUCGUUUGGUGUGGUUUUGUUUGAAGUUAUGUGUGGAAGGUUGGCAUGUGUUUUUAACUACCAUGAUGAGCGUCGGUUCCUACAUCAUUUGGCUCAAAUCCGGUACAAAAAUGGAGAGUUGGAUAAGAUUAUUAAUCACAACAUAAAGAUACACAGCAACACAAGAUCAUUAAGCAAGUUCUCAGCUAUUGCAUACCAAUGCUUGCAUAAAACUCGAGAAAAACGACCUACAAGUGCUGAGAUUGUAAUCCAACUUAAGGAUGCCUUGAAAAUUGAAAUAAAUGAUCUAUAAGCAACCAAAUCAUCAAAGCUAGGGAGGAAUCGACGAAUAAGUAAAACUUAAUUUUAUGGUUAUCUAGGGAAAUAGCGAGGUAACACAAUACUAUAGUUUGGUCUUCUACAAAGUGAAAAAACGUUGUAAAGACUAACAACUAUAUAUUUCAUUCUAUAUAUAUAAUAUGUCCUUACAUAUAAACCUUCAUUAACUCAUAAUCCUCAAUAGCAGCACACGAUGCUACCGCAUAAGGUAGUUCACCCAAUUAACUUGUUUUAGGACAAAAGGUGUGAUAUUAAUCACUAGAAGUUGAGUAUUAGACUUUAUAUGGAAUGGAACUUUCAUCGUAUCAUGAUAAUUACAAUUGAAAAAACAUAACACAUUGGAUAAAAUUAGUUCUUAUAUGAUAUUCCUCAUAGUUAAUGGAUAAAAAGAUAUCACCAAAAUUUUCACUUAAACAAGGCGAUUUAUAUCUAGAUAUAAAUUAAUGAAAAGUCAUACAUAUGCUCUCCGUUAUGUGCCAAAUUUAGUUUGCAAAUGUAAUCUUGUUUCUUUUCAACUACUUUCAAAUGUUGUAAAAAUUGUCAUAGGUGGUUGGCUAGGUAGAACCUGUUGGAGUAAUUCAAAAUCUAGGACAAAAAUAAUCCAGAGGUAUUUUGGGAAAUUUUAGGAAAUCCUUCCUAAUUUAAAGUUUUAGAAUUCAGUUAUGUCUAGUGUAAGUAGGGUUAUGUUUUUAAUGUUUUAGUAUUUUUUAUUAUGAUUUCCUCUAUAAAGCUUAGAAACAAAGCAAUUUUCCUAGAAAUUUAUUUGUUCGUUGUUCUUCUUCCAUUAUCCUGUGUUCUUUUGUUUUAGUUCUUAUUGUGUACCUUGGAUCAAGGUAAUUUCUAGAUUGUUUGAUUACAUUUGGUAUCAGAUCAAACCGUAUUCACCCGUUAUUAUUGAUAUGGAAGGACAAAAGAAAAAUGGCUUGUUUUCUCCCUAAUAUCCUUUGUUAACCAGAAGCAAUUACGUUAUCUUAGCAAUAAAGAUGAAGGCUCGAUGCAGGCUCUAGAAGUGUAGGAAACAAUUAAACGAAAACACCCUCAUAAUCUGGUUGGUUUCAAGAAUGAUAGGGUUGUGAUGGCUGUCACAUUCCAAGCAAUACCUGGUUAUAUUUUGUUGACUUUAGCGGAGAAGAAGACAACAAAAGACGCUUGUGACAUACUCAAAACUAUCUACAUGGGUGUUUUCACAACCCCCGAUCGAGGCGGUGGAACAAGUCGGGCUGUGCGACUUAGUUCAUGGAUCACAAGUAAACUGAAUAUAUAGCACAAGUACAAUAAUAAACAAACAAUAGUUGUAUUCCAUCUUCAGGUUUGAAUACAAGGUACUUAUAGAUAAUAAUAUAGUACAUAAAUUGCCUUAAAUAGUUAAGCGGAUAUAAAAAAAUCUAGAAAACUUGUUUGCCUAAAAUCCAUGACUAAUCCAUCAUUGAAAUGCUUGUUCAGUGAUUUUCAAAGAAUACACAUGGUUUUGAGGGUCAACACAAGGUUGGUGAGAGUUACAUGUUUUCCACUAGAGCAAUACUGAUACUUUUAAAAUGAUCGAAAAGUAUUUUCAUUGUAAGUAAAACAAUACUUAAAAAUGAGUUUGUAAAUAGCCUUUAAAGAAUCUUUGAAAAACCAAAAGGUGUUUUUCCACAAGUAAAACCAUACUUGUAACUGUUUUGAAGUGAGAAAAACCAAGUGCAUGGUUUGUAGAGAGAGAGAGAGAGAGAGAGAGAGAGAGACCCAAUUAAUAUUUAUAGUGAGUCCUAUCACCGAGCUAUGUGACUAGAUAUAACCCCCUACGAUGCUUCAUUGGACAUUGUGGAUAAAGACUAAAGAUACUUAUCACUCGCUUCAAUUGAUCCAUCAAGGCUGUAGCUAACAACCGCAGGUGGAGGUGUUAACCUAUAUAGAUCUAUACAUAUGUAUCUCGCUCCAAGGAUUAACGGAUACAGUUGAGUUGAGUGGGUAUACUAAAUGUUUAUACUUAGGUAAUGAUUAACAUCUCAGUGUAAAAGUUAUUAACUAAUGUACACAAAUAAAGUUUUACUAUAGAAGCCGAGUAUGUUCGAUAAGUAUAUAUG